ACCCAAAAAUCAAUAAACUCAAUUCAAGAUUUACGAAGACCUGGUGUUGUUAAAGACCCUAAUUCUUUGAGAUUAUUCUCCGUCAUUUAUUUCGGUUUAACUUCGGAUAUUCACCGACAACACGAGCUUAAGUUCAUUCAUCCUUUGAACUGAUUCUUGAAUCAUAAGUCGUUGUUGAGAUCGUGGUGUACCUGAGCCUCGUCUCUCGCCGUCUUAGGUGUUAAAAACACCAGAUUCUUCUGUUACGCAGUACUUUAAAACCGUCAAAAUUAUUUCCAAAAUGAAAAUAACCGUUAAGCAGUUGCAGGGAGGUGAAUGUUUAAUAGAUAUAUAUCCAAGUAUGCUCAUAUCAGAGUUGAAAAGGCAUGUUGCACGAAAGCUGCAUAUACCUGUCGAACAACAAAAACUACUGCUACUUGGUAGAACUUUACUGGAUGAUCACACUAUACAAAUGUACCCUAACAUCAAAGAAGGUACUAAGUUAAAUUUGGUUGUGAAGAAACCGGAAUCACNACUGAGAAUAUUUUUUUAUUUUCAGAUAUAUCCAAGUAUGCUCAUAUCAGAGUUGAAAAGGCAUGUUGCACGAAAGCUGCAUAUACCUGUCGAACAACAAAAACUACUGCUACUUGGUAGAACUUUACUGGAUGAUCACACUAUACAAAUGUACCCUAACAUCAAAGAAGGUACUAAGUUAAAUUUGGUUGUGAAGAAACCGGAAUCACUUUAUGAUGCAUCCUUUAAGCAUUACAAAAGACAAGGCAUGUCAGACAAGGAUGCUGCAAAUACUGCAAACAAACUUCUGAGGAUUGUUCAAGAGAAGUUUGAUAAAAUGUCCUGGGAUGAAGUUGACAGACUUUGCUAUGACUGCCUGCUGGACGAAAGAGGUAUAAGGCGACCAGCCUACAUUGAGAAUGACAUCGAGAUUGAUGAUAUGUUUAAUUUGUGACCUUGUUACCUUAUGUAAAUUCUAUCUCACCUGAGAUUAGAAAAUAUUUUAUAUUUGGAAUUUAAAAAAAAGUUUUUUAUUAUAAUCACACUUUUCUUUUAACGUCUUGUAGAAAAAGCUUUAAAUAUUUAGCUUUUUCUCACUAAAAUAUUUCAGAAAUACUUUGCCUAUCAAUAGUUUAUUGUUAUAUUCUUAUUUCACAGUUGAUUCAAUGCCCUAAUUCAAUGAUCUAUUACAAUUUAACUUGUGUGAUUGUAAUUUAAUAUAGAAUAUAAUUAGGGAGACAAAAUUAUUUAUUUCAUUUAAUUAAUGAUCUUUAAAAGUUAUUGUUUUAUAAUUAUUAUUAUUACAGUAUAUAAUAAAUGAUCAUCUCAUUAACUUUUUAAUUUUAAUUUUUAUGCUAUAUGUGAGUAGUAUAGUUUGUAGUAGAAAUAGUUUAUUGAAAAAAUAUUCAGUUUAAUUGUUGUGUAAUUUUAGUCAUAAUUAUUUUAGGAUUUAGAUUAGAAUUUGACUAUAUAAAAUCACUGCAUGUUAGUGACAUUUCUACUAUUGUAUAAUCCAAUUUAAUAUGAUGGAAGUAAAACAAUAAACAUUAUUAAUGA